UUUAAAUUUAAGCUCCUGACUAAAUAAUGAUUCCGUGGUCAACUGCCAGGGAACCUGGGCACCCCGGAGCCUCUGGAGGGUGCAGCGGGGUGUAGGCAAGGGCAGGGGGAGUGGGCGAAGCCGCUGGUUGGUGCCUGAAAUCUGUGCGUUGCCCCUUUAAUUGUGUCCCCAGCCCUCGGGCGUUUCUGUCCAACGCCCACGUCAGCAAAUACCUUUUGUUUCUCUCACGUUGGGGCUACUUGUUUUAGGGCGCAAAGGAGCGGCUUCGAAAGUGGGUAUUUCCCCUGCCGAGGACCAGGAAUCCUCCCCGAGCCCGCGCGCGCGACCCGCCGGUGCGCCGCGGCCCGCGGACAAUCCUUCAUAUACAGAGUGUGUUUGACUUGGAAUCUUCCCUUUUUUACUCCACUCAAUUGACUUAGCAGGGUUUCAAGAGCAGCGUUCGUAAAUUUUCAGAAUGGAGAUCUCCUCUCAUCAGUCCCACCUCCUGCAGCAACUGAAUGAGCAGCGCAGGCAAGAUGUCUUUUGUGAUUGCAGCAUUCUGGUUGAAGGGAAGGUCUUCAAAGCGCAUCGAAAUGUAUUAUUUGCUAGCAGCGGCUACUUCAAAAUGCUCCUUUCUCAGAAUUCAAAGGAGACAAGUCAGCCAACCACAGCUACUUUUCAGGCCUUCUCCCCUGACACUUUUACGGUUAUCCUGGACUUCGUCUAUUCCGGCAAACUCUCUCUCACUGGUCAGAACGUCAUAGAAGUGAUGUCAGCCGCUAGCUUCCUUCAGAUGACUGAUGUCAUUAGCGUAUGUAAGACCUUUAUUAAAUCUUCGCUAGACAUUAGUGAGAAAGAAAAAGAUCGCUAUUUCAGUCUCUCCGAUAAAGACGCCAAUUCUAACGGUAUAGAACGUUCCUCCUUUUAUAGCAGUGGCUGGCAAGAAGAAAGCAGUUCUCCGCAUUCUCACCUAAGCUCAGAUCAAGGAACAGGUGUAAUAAGUGGAAAAUCUUGGAGUAAGUAUAAUUACCAUCCAGCCUCCCAAAGGAAUACUCAACAGCCUUUGACCAAGCAUGAACAAAGGAAAGAUUCCAUUAAAAAGUCCAAACAUUUGAGGUUGUCACAGCCUUCUGAAGUUGCUCCUUAUAAGUCAAGCAAACGAGAAGCACGAACAUCAGAUUCUUCCAGCCACAUUUCCCAAUCUGAAGAACAAGCACAAAUUGAUGCUGACAUGGACUCUACUCCUGUUAGCUAUCCGUAUGGUCCAGGAUCUGAUGUCACAUCCAGAAGCUUUCCAGAUGAUCUGCCCCGGAUGCGGUUCAAGUGCCCAUACUGCACACACGUGGUGAAGCGGAAGGCGGACCUGAAGCGUCACCUUCGCUGCCACACGGGAGAAAGACCCUAUCCCUGUCAAGCCUGUGGGAAGAGAUUUAGCAGGCUGGACCACCUCAGUAGCCACUUCCGAACAAUUCACCAGGCAUGCAAACUAAUCUGCAGAAAAUGCAAACGCCACGUGACUGAUCUAACAGGGCAAGUGGUCCAGGAAGGAACCAGGCGCUACAGACUCUGUAAUGAGUGCCUCGCUGAAGUGGGCAUAGACAGCCUCCCCAUUGAUUUGGAAGCUGAACAGCAUCUUAUGUCCCCAUCAGAUGGAGAUAAGGAUUCCAGAUGGCACUUGAGUGAAGAUGAGAAUAGAUCAUACGUGGAGAUUGUAGAGGAUGGAUCUGCUGAUCUGGUCAUACAACAGGUUGAUGAUAGUGAAGAGGAAGAAGAGAAGGAGAUAAAGCCUAACAUUAGGUAGCUAACGUGGGAACCAACAGAGCUGGCAUGUCUGCAACUUACGCUGACUUCCUGUAUCUCUCUCUUUUCGUGGUCAGAGUCUGGCUCACAAAGGUAUCAGACUGACUUAAAAGUGAUGACCUAAUAUAACUUGCAUGCUUUCCGAACAGGUCAUGGUAUCCAUUCUGAACUUUGUUGCCCUAAAAUACGUUGCUGCACUGGAAAGAAAGACCUAGCUUGAGUUGGCAUGAUGGAUGAACAAUUAAUGCUCUUCCUUUUAUUACAGAGAUACCUUUUUUCUUUUAAUAUUGAAAGAUCUACUUAGCAAACUUUUCUCAAAGAAAAUAUUUUAAAUAAAUUUACCACAACCAGACUUUAUAGUAAGAUAAUUUCAAGGUGUUUCAAAAACACAAACUACCAAUAUUGAAUCUUCACAAGGAACCAGGUAAGAGCACAUUUAAGGGUCUGGCACCCUGACCUGACUGAAUUAUAAGUCUUUCUAUUAAUUUCAGAUCUAAUUUAAUUUCAGAUCUAAAACAACCUUUCAGUAUCCCAAUAUUGUAGAUAUUGUUUUAGGAUUAUGGCAGACAAAUCUAAAAUGUGUGAAACUGUUCAUAUUUGAAUUUUUUGUCAUUAAGGUAAAUAUGACUCUUAUGUAGUCAGUAUUGUUUAAAACAAAACAAAACCUAAAAUAGAGGCAGACCAGAGAUUACAUACAGACAUCAUCUUCUAAAGCAGGAAACAAAUACUGCCUAAAAGUCAAGGUAGUUUGUGAAGAUCUGUCAAUACAAUUCUCUUCCUCUCUAAAGGAAAACAAACAGAAAACCAAAAAUGAUGAACAAGAAAAUUGGAGGUUACCAGUUCUUAAGAGUAAUUUCUAACAUUUAUUGUUCUGCUAUAUUAUUUCUAAAGUGCUCUCUCAUGCAUUUUCUCACUUAAUCAGCAAGCUAGAUAUUAUUGUCUCUAAUUUACAAGUGAGGAAAUUAAUCAGAAAGCUUAAGUGGCUGGACCGGUGAUGGACAGGUCUUGAUUUUAAACAGCCCUCUUUCAAUUGUCCCUGUAUUGUCUCCUGAAAUGGCAAAGAAUUGAAGUCAAACCUCACCAAUCUGCAGUAAUUAGAAAAAAAAGCCUAUUCGAAUUAGAAAGUAUAAAAGAAGAAAUUAAUAAGCUUCAACAACACAUAAUAACUUGGACUAGAGUUACCCAAGAGUGCUCAGAGAUGUCCCUCCAGUGUCUACUGACUGUUUUUAAUGUCAGGUUAUUUAUAUGUAAAUGUUAUGUAUAACACUCUUUGAAGAAGUUAUCUCUUACAUGCUUUAAGCAUUUUUCUUAUCUUGUUUAUAUCAUUUUUCAAAACAAACUUUUCUCCUAGGAUAUAAAGAUAUGUUUAAACUCCUCCCCUGUAAGGGGUGCCUGGCUGUGACUCUUGAUCUUGGGGGUUGUAAGUUUGAGCCCAAGUUGGUUGUAGAGAUUACUUAAAAAAAAAUUUUUUUAUAUAAAAUAAACUCCUUCCCUAUAUGAAUUAUGAAACAUUCUAAAAGUAAAGUUCAAUCAGAGAAGCAUUAUUUUAGUUCUGAAGAUAAAAUCUGAAUCCCGGAAGAACCAACCUUACUGAAGGUUGCUUCAAAUUAUUACAGUUAAGCUUGAUAUAAUUUAAUUUUGAUAGGGCUCCAUGUAUUAUACUGUAUUUCUAAAUGUCAUUACAUCCCUCAAGAUGAUACUUUUCAUUUUCUUUUUUCUCUUAUUCUUUAAUUACUGAUUGUCCUUGAUACCGAUUGGAGGGCUAAAAUGGUUCAUUUCUAAAACAUUUUUUACAAAUAGAAUGAAUAACCAUUUGUUUUUGUUUUAUGGUACUUAAUGCUGAGACCUUUCCAAGAUUCCCCUGAUGGUAAAUUUCCAGUUGAUUCAAGACUGGAUGGCAUGCACUGAGUUCACUAUCUCCCAGCAUGACUGUUCCUGAAUCAGGAGUCUUAACAAUUAAGUUGUAUCCAAAUGAGGGAACACUUGUCAUUCUUUAGUCUCACCAGAUGGUAACAUCUUUUUUAAAAUUAUUAUCUGAUUUUUAGUCCUUGGAGCCAAUAGGAAAAAUGAGUGAUUGGAGCUUUACUCAUGAGAAUGAAGUAGUGCAUGUGUAUGCUAUAACACACUUUCGUCUGUGAUCUAACUGUUCUCUUAACGCUUCUGCAUGCAAACAUCAGCAUGAACGUCAGCAAAGUCCACGGAACACACUGCCACCAGCACCUGGACAGCCUUAUCUGAAAUAAUGCUUUCUCAUUGUUUAUAACAAGCAUCAAGUUCUCCCCACAAAACAGCCAUCAAGUUCAUCAAACUAGACAGUGUAUCUGUUUUACCAUUUUAGUAUCAUGAAAGAACAUUUGUGACAUUUGUAAGUUGUAAAUAAUAACUCCAGUUAUCAUAUCAUAUGUAUCUAAGACUAGAGACCGAUUCUUUCCUAGAGUGAGACUGUCAAAUUAAUGGUUUCUGAGAAAACAAAAUUCUUUGGCUUUUAAAUGUGGGAAAAUGUUAUGUAGGGGUAUAAUCUGUUAAUAUAAGCUUUAUUUAUGCCAAGGAUUUUUUUUUAAUAUUAGCAAAAUAGUGGGAGUUGGUUAGAACAAAAUUUGCUCUUACAGUAAUGCUGUUGAUCAGCUUCUGAACGUCCUUCUAACUCUGGUCCUCAAGAGUGUGUGGUGAUGGGAAGAAGUCUUGCAAAAUAAAGCAACAUUGCAGUCAUGCCUAGUGGCUGGAGGAAGCAAAAUGGACUAGAUCAGUGGUUUAAGAGAUUUUUUUUUUACCCAAGAAACCCUUUCUUCAAACCCUUUCAUAGAGAACCUCACCAUUUAAGGGAGAAACUGUAAAAUCAGAGCUGCUUUUGUUAUAGCCUCCUACUAGCUUUCACCAGACACCUCUGCAGAACUCGGGAGGGCAGCACUGAAAACCUUGGAACAGGAGAGCUUUUUGAAUUCCCUUUGAGCAUUGGGGUCUCACUUCAUUACCCCUAUUACUCACUGUGCUUACAAGCUGGUAAUCAGAGGGUCUUCUAGAGCAGCAGAUCACAUCCUUAGUCUAUAGAAUGUUCCGUAUAUAGUUAUGAGGUCUCAAGACUUUUGAAAAGCAUACUUUUCAACAGUGUAUUUUUGAGUAAUAGAAUCAAAACAAACAUAGUAACUGCUCUUAAUGCUAUGAAGUUACUGCUUAAUGGAUGAAGAAAGUUUGGUGUGUCAGUUACUUAAGAGCUCAGAACUGAAUUCAUUAUUUUGCAAAGUCAUGUUAAGAUACAUUGAAAUUUCCACUCAUAUUGGAUAUAUAUGUGUGUGUAUACAUAUAUAUAUAUCCUAAAUUAAUACUAUGGAAAUUUAAUACUAUGGAAAAUCACUAAAAGCAAUAUAGUGUAAGAGGUAUUUAACUGGGAGGGGUGAUGAUAGGUACUGGAGGACCAAACUUUAGAUUAUAAAUGUUAUUUUAUAUUAGAGUGGAUCAGUAUUACUAUUUAUCAUUUAUAUAGCAUUUUAUAUUUGCAAAGUAUUUAAUAAUUUUUAUGUUAUUCUUUACAUAUCUAUGAAAUAGGACAGUUAUCUCACAUGAAAGGUAAAGAAAUUGAGGCACAGAACAGUAAAGCAACCUCCCUAAGGCAACCCAGUGAAACAAUGGCAAAAAUAGGAAUUAGAAUGAUCAGAUUUUGGGACGCCUGGGUGGCUCAGUUGGUUAAGCGGCUGCCUUCGGCCUGGGUCAUGAUCCCAGGGUCCUGGGAUCGAGUCCCACAUCGGGCUCCUUGCUCAGCAGGAAGCCUGCUUCUCCCUCUCUCUCCCUCUGCUUGUGCUCUCUCUGUCAAAUAAAUAAAAUCUUAAAAAAAAAAAAGAAUGAUCAGAUUUUCUGAACCCUAGAAUAUCAGCUUAAUUCACUGAGGUGUGUUGUGUAUUACCCUAUUUUAUAAGAUGCCUUUAUACAAAUAAUAGUCAAUUGUCUUAAAGUUGACAUCAUUGUAUGUGGAUAAAUCCUAUACAGAAUAAAUAUUAUGUAAAGGAUGUGACUUUAGUUAUAGGAGUUUUAAUGAUAAAAUUCAGGUUAUCACAGAAACAGCACCAUUUAGCCAGUGGCUUUAUAUAUUGUGAAGUAUAAUUAAUGUUUUAUUUUGAUAUAGGAGUUUAACUAUUCAUGCUAAUGGAGCCAUGAAUAGACCAGAAAAAUGAAAUCCACAGAGGACCUAUAAACUUCAUCUUCGAACAUGUUAGUCUUUUCCCUACAGAAUUUGUAUUCAUGACAACAAUAGGUCGAAUAUGUUAAUAAACAAUAAACCACACACCAGAGAAGCCAAGGGCCUCUUAACUUUUCAAGGCUUUUCAAUACUGAAAUAGCAUGAUAAACACCUUUCUCCAUCUUUUUUUGGCUGUUUUAUUUUCACACCCGUUUCAAAAGCCAUUGGAAACUUAACACCUUUAGAUUGGAAACCAGUGACCAACGUAAUGCCAGUCACUUCUACCUUUGGUCUUGAUUAGAUUAUUUACAAACAUUAUUAAAUGGAAUACAACUUAUAAAAUACAUCUAAGAAUUUAUUAUACUUUGCUUUGCUCUUUCAGAUUUCUAGAUACGUGAAUUCCUUUGUUGGAAUAUAGUUUCUUGAUUUUCCCAUUGGGAAAAUCUUUUAAUUCCUUGUCGAUAUUAUUUACAACUGUUUAGUUUCUUUAUUAAAGAGUAACUUAUUUUUAUUCAGAGGAAAAUGGAACAUUUCUGCCUAGACCAUAGUUCUUGGCCUUGGCUGCACAUUAGAAUCACUUGUGAAGCUUUUAAAAAUACAGAUGCCUUGGGGCGCCUGGGUGGCUCAGUUGGUUGGGCAGCUAGGUCCUGGCACGAGCCCCUUGUCGGCAGACUCCCUUCUCCGCUUCACCUUCUCCCCCUGCCCCUCCCCCCUCCUCGUGCCAUGCUCUCUCUCUCUCAAAUCAAUAAAAUCUUUAAGAAAUAGAAAAUAAAAAUACAGAUGCCUAAGCAAAUCACAAUCUUUGGCAGAUGGGGCUUGGAUGAAGUAUUUUUAAAAACCUUCCCAGUGUCUUUUGUGCAAAACAGGUCCCCUCUUCAAGGUUUCCCUCUGUCCUCAUACAGAUGCUAUGAGGGGCAUUCAGACCAUUUGACCUUCCAGUUUACUGGUUCUCAACCUUAGGAACAUAGUAAUUUUUGUGAAAUGUCAAGAUACUGUAUAUGUUCCCUUAUUUAAAUUUUUUAUUAGGAUAAAUAAUAACACUAAAUUAUUGGGUAGUCUUAAACUAGUCCAUUUUUACUUUGGGAUGAACUGAUUAUGGGUAUUGCAUCCUGGGAAUUCACACAGAACUUCAGAUUGAUAAGACCUGCAUUAGGAAUAGGUGGCUGAAAUACUAUAUCCUGAAAUUUUACAAGCUUUAAUGUUCUCUCUCUCUCUUUUUUUAAGGAUUUUAUUUAUUUGACAGA